AUGUCAAUGGGUCCAGCUGUCGGCAUUGAUUUAGGAACAACCUUCUCGUGUAUAGGUGUAUUUCAUUGCGGCAAGGUAGAAAUCAUAGCCAACGAUCAGGGCAACCGAACAACACCGAGUUAUGUGGCCUUCACAGGGGAGGAACGUCUCGUAGGUGAUGCCGCGAAGAACCAGGCUGCUAUAAACCCCACCAAUACGGUGUUUGACGUGAAGCGUCUAAUUGGACGUCGUUUCAAUGAUGAGGCAGUGCAAGAAAACAUAAGGCACUGGCCCUUCAAAGUUAUAAAUUCGGGUGAGACACCAAAGAUCGAGGUGCAGUACCUUGGUGAGACGAAGCAUUUUAUGGCAGAGGAGAUCUCGUCUAUGGUGCUACUGAAGAUGAAGGAGACCGCGGAGGCGUAUUUGGGCAAGGAGGUGAAAAAUGCAGUGAUUACAGUGCCAGCGUACUUCAGUGUCAACCAGCGUCAGGCCACGAUCGAUGCAGGAAAAAUAGCCGGCUUGAAUGUGCUACGUCUCGUCAAUGAGCCAACGGCAGCUGCCAUUGCAUACGGCUUGGACAAGAGAGAUGACAGGCAGCGCAAUGUGCUCAUCUUUGAUUGGGGCGGUGGCACCUUCGAUGUGUCCAUCUUGUCCAUUGAGAAUAAGAAAUUUGAGGUGAAGGCGGUUGGUGGUGACACGCAACUGGGUGGUGAGGACUUCGAUUCUCGACUGGUGAAUUACUUUGUAGAGACGUUUAAGCAACAGCACGAGGGAAAGGAUUUGACUACCAACAAGAAAGCCAUCAGCCGUCUGAGAAAGGCGUGUGAGGCGGCAAAGAGGCAGUUGUGUUCGACUGAUUACACAACAAUAGAAAUUGAAUCAUUGUUUGAGGGCAUCGAUUUCAGGGCACUCCUCACAAAAGCCCGAUUUGAACAGUUGUGCUCGGACCUCUUCACCAGGACGAUAGAUGCGGUAAAGACGGCGUUGAGUGAUGCGAAGUUGGAGAAGGCUGAUAUCCACGAGAUAGUGUUGGUGGGUGGAUCGACACGUCUUCCAAAGUUGGAGGAGAUGUUGCAUAACUUCUUCGAGGUCAGUAAUCUGAAUAAGUCUAUAAAUCCGGACGAGGCAGUGGCGUACGGUGCAGCGCUGUUGGCGGCCAGUCUGGACAGUGAAAAGUUGGAGGAGGCGCAGAAUUUGACGCUGCUGGAUGUGACGCCAUUGUCACUGGGUUUGGCGACGACGGGAGGUGUAAUGACGACGUUGAUAAAGCGCAACACGAAAAUUCCAACAGAGAAGACAAAACUCUUCUCCACAUGCGCAGACAAUCAAGCAAGUGUUUUGGUCCAGGUGUAUGAGGGUGAGCGUGCAAUGGCGAAUGACAACAACUUGUUAGGCAAGUUUCAGUUGUUAGGCAUCUCACCGGCGCCACGUGGCGUGCCUCAGAUUGAAGUGACAUUUGUCAUCGACGUAAAUGGCAUCCUCAAUGUGUCGGCGGUGGACAAGUCGGCAGGGAAGCAGAACAGCAUCACCAUCUCCAACGACACUGGUCGACUUUCGGAAGAGGAGAUACAGCGAAUAGUGAAUGAUGCGGAGAAGUUCAGGCAAAUGGAUGAGAAGCAGAGGGACCAAAAGCAUGGUGAAUUGUUACUCGCCUGGUACUUCGGUGGAUGCACACAUAAGCAUUCAUCAAAGCCAUCGUGUGCCCACUUUGCUAUUAAAUUACCCAUCCACAUCCACCUCAACGCACUCCUUCAUUCAGUUAUUCGUAACAUGGCACCAGAACACAAAGAUACCCAAGAGUGCUUCACUCCGUAA